GGUCGAUAUUUUAUUUUAUCGAUACGCACUUCGGCAAACCGAGCGUGAAAAUUUUAAUUAAAAAACGCAAUUUUUCGGUAAAAACAACGCAAUAAUGUCCUACCAGCUGUACCGUAAUACCACCCUGGGCAACACGUUGCAGGAGAGUCUAGACGAGCUGAUCCAGUACGGCCAGAUCACGCCAGGACUGGCCUUCAAGGUGCUCCUCCAGUUCGACAAGAGCAUCAACAAUGCCCUAAACCAGCGCGUAAAGGCGCGCGUCACCUUCAAGGCGGGCAAGCUUAACACCUACCGUUUCUGUGACAAUGUCUGGACGCUCAUGCUGAACGAUGUGGAAUUUCGCGAGGUGCACGAGUUCGUCAAGGUGGACAAGGUGAAGAUUGUGGCCUGCGAUGGCAAGAGCGAGUUCUAGCACUGUCAUUGGCCAGAGAAUAUUUAGAUUUGUAAGAUUUAUAUUUGUUUAGGAUCCUUUACAUCCAUCAUUGGUGAAGAGUAGACGACCAUGCAAACCUAUUGGUAGAGGGCCUUGGUCGUCGAACUUUAAAAUAAAUAUCGUGAAACUGUUAA